CAAAUAUUAAGGUUAUGUCAUAUAUUUCAAUUCAAUAUUAGGAUUAUUUAUGGCCUCGGUUGCUAAUUUGCUCUAGGAUUUAAAUGAAAUUCGAAUUGUGUGUAGUUAGUUCGUCAAAAUGCAAAUCUUUGUUAAAACCCUUACGGGUAAGACAAUUACUCUUGAAGUUGAAUCAUCAGAUUCUAUUGAAAAUGUGAAAGCUAAAAUUCAAGAUAAAGAAGGAAUUCCCCCGGAUCAACAACGUCUUAUUUUUGCUGGCAAGCAAUUGGAAGAUGGUCGCACUUUGUCUGAUUACAAUAUCCAGAAAGAGUCUACGCUUCAUUUAGUACUCCGUUUAAGAGGUGGUGCUAAAAAACGAAAGAAGAAGAACUAUUCCACACCCAAGAAGAUUAAACAUAAGAAGAAGAAGGUCAAAUUAGGAAUCCUUAAAUUUUACAAAGUUGAUGAAAGUGGUAAAGUACAUAGAUUAAGGAAAGAAUGUACAUCCGAAAACUGUGGGGCUGGAGUUUUCAUGGCCGAGAUGUCCAACAGAUUCUAUUGUGGAAAGUGUAGUUCAACUAUUGCUAAAUAAACUGUAUAGUAAUUAAAGUUCAA